AAGGACUAAGUUGUAAUAUAGUCUAGACUCCAAAGUCCAAACCUGAGAAUAGUAGAGAGCAAGGAGUGAAAGAAUGAACGCGGCGAAGAAAAAUUGAACGCAAGAAUCAGAAGAAGAAGAACCCAUCUCAAUUUAUGUGACAUUUGAUUCUAUUAGUUUUUAUUGGAGAAAGAGGACUGAUUCUUAUCUGGGAUUGAUGGAUUUGAGUUGGCUUAGUGCCAUUUUAGUAGGGGCAGGCUGUCUUGCUUUGGGUUACUGCAUUGGUUCACGCCGUCCUGCUUUUAUCUUUCUUAGAGCUAAAAGAGUGGCUAAAGAUGCAAAAUUUGGGAAUGGAAACAAGAAAAAUGAUAAGAAGGUUAAAGAGCCCCUUGAAAUUGAAAAGCUUGCUGAUAUUCUUGAUGAUUUCAAAAUGAUUUUGGUUGUUAGGAAUGAUCUUAAGAUGGGGAAAGGAAAAAUUGCUGCUCAAUGCAGUCAUGCAACUUUAGGCCUAUAUAAAAAGCUCCUCCAUCGGGCACCAAAAGCUUUAAACAGGUGGGAGAUGUGUGCACAGCCAAAGGUUGUUGUAAAAAUUGAAAGCGAGGAGGAUAUGCUUGUAUUGCAAGAGAGAGCAAAAUCACUUAAAUUACCAACUCAUAUUACAAUUGAUGCUGGGAGAACACAGAUUGCCCCGAAUUCAAGAACGGUGAUGGCUAUUCUUGGUAAGUUUCUUCAUUCCAGUAGGUGUUUACCUUGUGAGCUAUCUGAUUUAGUUGUAGGGACGACUCAAUUCCUUGAACAGCUUCAAACUGGAGUUAUCAGUCAUACAUAUGUAGCUAUGCUUCGACCUGUUGAAGUGGUCGAUGAUGUGACAGGCGGACUGAAGCUUUUGUAGAUGCUUGUCCAUCAAAGUGUAUCAACUGUGCAAAUUCCACAUUCAUGAAAGGAACGGUGCCUCUUUAUGUAUGAGAAACUUCCAGUCUAUGCAAUGCAAGCCUUAGCCAGCAAUGGUUGAUAAUUAAUCUCUCCAAUUUGCAACUAUUGUUACUGAUAAUGGCGAAAAUUCUGUGGUGCCCCAUUUUAGUUUUAGGGGAUGGAUGGACAAACACCAUGAUAUUUUCUUCAGGAUUCUCGGCAUAUUCUUGUCAUCUGUAAUACCCAGUUGAUAAUAUUAUUAAGGAGUUGGGCCUUUUGAGGCUCAUUUUUCUGCCAA